UAAAAAGGAUAGAGCCACAAAGGUAGUGUUAUUAAAAUUUUACAUUUAAAGCUAAGCAAAGUGCGUAAUAAUAAUAUGGUCAAACAUUGACUAUAUUUUUUUUACUUAAUUUCAUUAAUUUCAGUAAUAAAUUAUAAUUCUACGAUAUUUUUGGUGGUGCUUAGUAAUAUCAAAAUAAUAUUUUCUUGUAGAAGCAUGGCUCUUCUUCUGAAGUUGGCAAUUUUACCAGCUCUUCUUGCCCUGGCUUGGGCAGACUUUCCAAUAGACGCUGAUUUUCUCUCGGAUAUUGUUGAUACUCGCAAUGACGAUGACGUAAAGUACAGGCUGCCUGAAAGCCUCGACCCAGUUCACUGUGAAAUUGAAAUAACACCGCACUUCGACGCCACUGCUGAUAGACCAGCUUUCUCUUUUGAUGGAAUUGUAACCAUUAACGUUAUUGCUAAAGAGGAUGGCAUUAACAGUCUCAUUCUUCAGGAGAAUGUAAGAGAAAUAGGUGCUAUUACAGUAACUGAGGAAAAUGGGAGGUUGAUAGAUUUAAACCCAUCAUCACCCUUUGAAAGACUGACAGAAUAUCAGUUCCUGAAAAUAAAUCUGCGUAGUGGUGUUACUUUGACUAAAAAUGGAAAAUACACCAUAAGAAUUGAAUAUGUAGGACAUAUGAAUGAGACACCUCUUUCGAGGGGUAUGUUUAGAGGUAGUUACGUGGGAAAAGAUGGAAAAACUCACUGGUACGCUGCAACACAUUUGCAGCCCACUCAUUCCAGGCAGUUAUUCCCAAGCUUUGACGAACCUGGUUUCAAAUCCACCUUCAAAAUUAUCGUUAACCGACCAGCAAACUUUGCCGACACUCAUUCCAAUAUGUACGCCGAGUCUCGAAGUGAACCGAUCAACGGCUUAGUUAAAGAAGUUUUUUACACUACACCUCGAAUGUCAGCAUACUUAGUUACAAUUCACAUAAGUGAUGAAUUCACAAUUAUAGCUGAUAACGGAGAUGCUAAAAGACCCUACCGUAUCUUAGCUCGUCCUGAUGCUGCGAACCAAGGUCAAUAUGCUUUGGAGGUUGGCCCUCCACUGACGAAAUGGCUGGAGGAAUAUUUGGGUAAGCCAUACUAUGAAAUGGCUGAGAACAUGAAGAAUGACCAAAUUGCUUCACCGUUUUGGGCGUCUGGUGCUACGGAGAACUGGGGAUUGGUAACGUACAGAGAGCUCCGCCUCCUCUACGAAGAGGGGGAGACGAAUGCCGUGGACAAGAUGAGCAUCGGCACCAUCACGGCCCACGAGCUCGGACACAAGUGGUUCGGCAACCUGGUGACGGCGCGCUGGUGGGACAACGUGUGGAUUAACGAGGGCUACGCCAGCUACUUCGAGUACUUCGCUAUGGAUGCGGUCGACAAAUCAAUGGACUUGGCAGACCAGUUCAACAUCAUGUACACCCAGAGUGCCCUCGCCACCGACUCGUCGGCUUCCACCAGGGCCCUCCAGCACACCGUCAACACCCCCACCCAGGUCUCAGGACACUUCAGUGGCAUCAGCUAUUCGAAGGGAGCAGCGCUAUUGAACAUGCUCAAACAUUUCUUGGGAGAAAACACCUUCAAGAAAUCGCUCAAUUAUUAUCUGGAUGAAAUGAAAUACGAGUACGCGAAUCCGGAUGAUGUGUUCCGUGGUUUCGCAAGGGCCGUGCAAGAAGAUGGCGCUCUCAGUCAGUUCACGAAUGUAAACAUAACUGACUUCCUCUCCGACUGGGUCUACGAACCAGGGUACCCCGUCAUCAACGUCGACAUCAAUAUGAAUACGGGGAAUAUUUACAUAGAACAGGAACGUUUCUUCACGACAACUGGUUCGUCCAAUCAAGUGUGGCCGCUGCCCCUGACGUAUACCUCGGCCAGCAGCCCCGACUGGAGCAGCACCAGGGCCACCCACGUCAUGACUGGCAAAAGUUACAACAUCACGAAGACACCUGCUCAUGAAUGGACUAUAUUUAAUGUGAAACAGAAUGGGUACUACCGCGUAAAUUAUGAUACACAUAACUGGGAGCUCAUUGCUGAAGCUCUACAAAAAGAUGUCAACGCUAUCCACUACCUCAAUAGAGCCCAAAUAGUGGAUGACGUAUUCGCCCUGAUGCGUUCCGGAAGAAUGACUCACGCGCUCGGGUUCCAAAUCCUCGACUUUCUCAAGAAGGACGUCAGCUACUACUCGUGGUACCCCGCCAUCAGUGGAUUCAACUGGCUCAGAAACAGAUUCCUUCACUUGCCUGAUGUUUUAGCUGAAUUUGAUGAAAUCCUGUACAAAUACCUGGACGCCGUCGUCACUGACUUGGGCUACGAAGCCGUGGACUCCAACGAACCCCUCACCAGGACCCUGAACCGGUUCUACAUCAUGUCGUUCGCUUGCAACAUCGGCCACAAGGGCUGCGUCCGACACGCUACUCAGAAGUACACUGAGAUGGUCAAUGGUGGAAAGGUGGACCCCAACAUCCGUCGCCACGUGUACUGCAGUGGACUGCGACAGGGGAGCCUGGCGCAGUGGAAGGUGCUCCAAAUCCAAUACCUGGCCAGCAACAACCAAGCUGACGAGGUGGUGAAGCUGAGAGGACUCGGGUGCACCUCGGACGAUCAGGCUGUUAAAGAGUACUUGGAAAUGGUACUGACUGACGCAGUCAAGGCUCAAGAUCGCGUGAACGCUUUCACCUACUUGUACAUGGGAGACCGCGGGAACGCACAGAAGGCUCUACAGUUCAUAAAGACCAAUCACAACCAGAUUCGGGAAGCUGUCGUUGGUUCAGUUCGCUUCAACACCGUGUUGGCGAACUUGGCCGCUUACACUGAUGAAGAGGGACUACAGGAUAUGGAAUCAUGGCUAGAGGAGAACAAAGAUUCGAUUCCCGAGUAUUCUGUCGGCGUGAGCGCGGUGGCAUCAGCUCGGGCCAACAUGGCGUGGGGCACCCAGAACGCCGACUCCAUAUUGAAAGCCGCCCGAGGGUCUGCCGCUAUGGUCCUUCCUACUGCUUUGCUGCUGAUUGCCAGCUUAUUUGCGCUAUUGAUGAAGUAUAUGUGUCGAAUAAUUGCAGUGUUAACUGCAACAUGUCUUCUUCUGACAACAAUAAAUGCCGAUACUAAUUACAGACUCAAUUCCCUAGUGAAACCGUCUCAAUAUGAUAUUACAAUAACACCGCAUUUCGACACAAAUAACGAUCUAGCAUUCACUUUUGACGGACAAGUUUAUAUCAAAGUAGUAACAGCUGAAACAAACAUCAAUAAAAUAAGACUACACUCUGAAGACUUGGUUUUCGAUGCAAGUAGCAUCCUUAUAACAAGUGAAACUUCAGUCAUUGGACUCAAUCCCGACAACCCUAUCCAAGUUAUACAGCAAUACUCUUUUGUUGAUAUUAAUUUGGAAACGACGCUUGAGCCUAAUGUCACUUAUACUAUUGAUAUAUCGUACAGUGGCCCUAUAAGAGAUGAUCUCAAUGGCUUCUACAGAAGUUAUUACUACGAAAAUGGAGUCAAAAAAUGGCUUGGCGCUACUCAAAUGGAACCUACUCACGCCAGAAAAGUAUUCCCCUGCUUUGACGAGCCAGAAUACAAGGCCGUCUUUGUUCUCACUAUUGACAGUCCAGAAAACUACAGUCCAUCAAUGGCCAAUAUGAAACUGAAAUCUAGCACCCUUCAGCCCAAUGGAUACAACAGGAAUGUAUUUUAUCCCACCCCAAUAAUGUCUACUUACCUAGUAGCAUUCUUGGUAUCAGAAUUCACAGAUCACAGAACGACGGAAGGAACAAAAAUUAUUGGAGUUUACACUAGACCUGAAGCUUACAAUCAAAGUGAAUACGCGUUCGAAAUGGCUAAAAAAGUGGAACAAGCUCUCAGCACAUAUUUCAAUAUUGACUAUUUUUCAAAAGAUAAUUACUUAAAAUUGGACCAUAUUGCGCUUCCCGAUUUUAGAGCUGGUGCUAUGGAAAAUUGGGGUUUGGUUAAGUACAGAGAAGGAUCCCUUUUAUACGUGCCCGAAGAAUCAUCACCAAAUUACAAAUAUGGAGUUGCUCAAAUUAUUGCGCAUGAAACCACUCAUAUGUGGUUCGGAGACUUGGUUACUUGCCAUUGGUGGAGUGAUACCUGGCUGAAUGAGGGCUUCGCUAAUUAUUUCCAGGAUUAUAUUGUGGCCCAGAUCGACUCUACACUUGGAUCGGGCGACAUUUUGGUAACAGGCUCAGUAUACUCUGCAUACUCAGCAGAUGAAACCCCAUCAGCUGUUCCUAUUUCUAACGAAAAUGUCAACUCUCCAUCUGAAAUUAGUAACCAUUUUGGUACUAUUUCGUACCAGAAAGCUGGUUCUGUUAUCAGGAUGAUGCACCAUCUCCUUGGUAACACGGCUUUUGCUAAUGGCCUAAACUCAUAUUUAGUGACUAAUGAAUUCAGUGUGGGCUAUCCGAACCUUAUGUACGCAGCCUUGCAGCAGGCAGCUAACAGCGCGGGUUCUCUGGCCAACUACCCCGGGGCUACGGUUUCUGGCGUCAUGGGGUCCUGGGUGUCGCAGGCAGGACACCCAGUGGUCGUUGUGUCAGUCGACAGUGACACUGGUAACAUCACUUUGAGGCAGAGUCGAUUCUACACAAACUCCUCCAUCAAGACUAAUGAGCUUUACCCAAUUCCGAUAACCUAUACAACGAAAAGUGCUUCCAAUUUUGCUAACACCAAACCAGCUUUUAUAAUGACCGAUGGAGUUCACGUCUUUAACGAACCGGCCGUCAAAGAUCAUGGCUGGAUCAUGUUCAACAUCCAGGAAACAGGAUUUUACCGAGUUAACUACGAUGCACACAUAUGGAGCCAUAUUGGCGAAGCUUUGAAUUCGGAUGACAGAACCAACAUUCACUACUUGAACAGAGCCAAGGUUGUCAACGAUUUAUUUGCGUUUUUGACUGCCGAUGAAGUAUCUUUUGGAACUUUGUACGACGUGUUAGCAUUUUUGAAAAAAGAAACACACUAUUCCGUAUGGGUUGCUGCCAUUUCGGGUAUGAACAGUUUGCGGAACAGAUACAUUGGCACUGAAGACUUAGCAGAUAUUGAUAAAUACAUACUCGAUAUUAUGGACAAUAUAAUUAACACGUUGGGAUAUGUUGAAAAGAGCCAGGAUGAUUAUUUGACGAUCAGAAAUAGAAUGCAGGUCUUAGAGUUUGCUUGCAAGCUCGGACACCAGGGGUGUAUUGACGCUGCUGUGACUAAAUUUCAGAGUCUCAAAACAAGUGGAACGAGAAUCUCACCAAGUCUUCGGCGAGUGUCAUACUGCAAUGGUUUGAGAUACGGCAACGCCGCUGAUUUUGACUUUUUAUGGAGCAAAAUGUUGAGCACAAACGUUGCCAACGAAGCACUGAUCAUUCAAGGCACUCUCGGUUGUACGAAGGUCGAAAGCAAGUUGAAAGAAUACAUGGCAUCGAUCACCAAGACAGACUCUCCCAUUCGGUCGCAGGAUGUGAACAAUCCUCUGAGCAGCAUCCUCUCGGAUCAUGACAACGCUGCAUUAGUUUUAUCAUAUUUAAAGAGCAACUAUACUCUGUUGAGCAAUGUAUACCCGUCCAUGUCAACUGUGGUGAAUGCCGUCGCGAGCGCCCUACACACUGACGCUCAAUUUAACGAAUUCGACUCCUGGUUGAGUGGAUGCACACUGUGCAGUGCUGAUGUGGUGCAGUCGGGCCGCACCUCCCUGACCUCGGCCAAGGGAGCCACCGUCUGGGCCAAGGACCACCGGAGCGACAUCAUGAAGCUACUGAAGAAUGCAUCAGCUAAAUUGACACCUUCGUUGCUGGUGAUCCUGUCCUGUUUCCUUAUGUUCUACUCUUAGACAGUUCUUCUACUUGGUUAUACCCGAGUUUUAUUGAUUGAAUUUAUUGCAACCAUUAUGUUAUAUUAUACAAAUAUUAUUUAAAAUAACGGUUAAGCAUUAGUAAUUAAUAAAGUAAUAAGUAUGUAUACGAGCAAAUGAGAGAUCCCACUCCACUACUGUUUUAGAAUAGAAAUUCUUAAAGUGUAAGAAUUGACUGAUACACGCGAAUGUUAAUUUAAUUUAAUAUCAUCAAUUACUCGUAUUAUCAAACCUAUGUGUAUUUUUAGUAUUAGAUAAGUACUAUUUAAAAUAAAGAAAGUUUUACUGCAA